CAAUAAUAAUUUUUCACGCGCCAUAAUGUUCCUUUGUUUUUUUUUCAAUAAACAGCUUUCUAUUUGCAAGCCAGUUCGAAAAUUAAAUAAAACCUUUUAUUAGUUACCUCCUUAGUAGCCAUGUUUCGAAGUAAAAGGUUAUUCCAUUUUUAAAUUACAGGACAGAUAUGAGUUUACAUAGUAAUUUAUCUGGCCGCAAAACACGACAGAUAUGGAUUUUCAUACAACUUUUGCCGGCCACUGCCUGCAUGUAUCUGGCCAGUACGGCAAUUUUGAUUUAUCUUGAAGAAGAUUGUCAAAAUAAUGCUCACAUUUCCAAGCAUGUUUGAUAAAAAAAAACAAACUACACUUUGUAAACUGAUAGUUUGAUUUCUAAAUUUAUGUCAAAAAUUGACAAAUGUGUCAAAUGUCAAAUCUCUUAUUUAUUUUGCUUCAACUUCUAACCGCCUUUUUUUACUGAUUUUCAAUUUACUGUGUUUGCUUAGAUGAAGUCGAUGAAAAUUAUAUUCAACAACCAAGAUAAUACUUUUGUAAAGUGAAUAUGUUUGGUACAAGUAACCUGAUGAAAAAAUGUUUCCAGUCAGAUGUUCAACUGUACGAUUGUGUAAAUAUAGCUCAAGACGAGAUAACAUCUACGAUUGUUCUCUGGAAUAAGUUUCAAAUAUUGGUCUACGAACACAAUAAUUUACAGAGUGUGGUUAAAACAUUCAUUCCAGAUUUUCAAAUCCAUACUUUAAUUUUACAUAACAACUAUAUUUUAUGUUUGGAUAAUAAUCAUUAUGUUCACACAACAUCGCUAAGAUUUAAGAGCCCGGCUACAAAACGAUUUAAAAGUUUCUUCCAGGUAAGAGAACAAGAUGUUACAAUGUUUUCUCAACAUCGUCAAGACCAUGUUUUUUGUCUCAAAUAUCAAUCUGAAAUGUAUUACCUCUCUCUUCAUAGAUUCACUGCAACUUUCCAACUAAAGAAAAAAGUUGCAAUAAAGCAUUCUGGGCCAUGGCCUUUACCUAAACCUAACUCAAAUAAAUGUUUAUUGUCAUCACGUAAUAUUAGAGCAAUCCAUUUUGAAACAAUAAAAAAAAUCCAUGAAAUAAAAACAUAUGAAGAUUGCAAUAUUAUAUUAAUAUCUUUUGAUAGAUUAACUAUAUAUAGUUGUUUAUUCAGUCCCAAAAUGAUCGAAGAUGAGGUUUCCAUUGAAAAAUUAUAUACAUGCCCCUCCGAAAUAUGUAAUGCAGAAAUUAUAGAUAAAGAUCGUCUAUCAAUAUUAAUUUCAUUAAAAAUGGGAUGUCUGAUGAUAUUAAAUCUAGAAAAUAUAACUGAGCAGCCUAAAAUUAUUUAUUUAAACACAGCAAUUUAUAAGUAUAUAAAUCUAAAUGAGAAUAUAAUAUACACAGAUGGUGUUGAUAUGUGGAUAUCAUUGAACAUAUAUUCUAAGAAUGAUAUUAAUUUUCGAGAGCUUAUUGUCAAAUAUGUUAAAGAUUUUAUUAAAUGUGGAGAAUAUAUAAUAUGCACUACAUACAAUAAGUUUUUAUAUAUUAUAUCAUUGAAUGAUGAGACAUCAUAUAUUAAACCAACAAGUGACCCUUAUGUACCAGCAGAAAAACUUCUAAACAAUUCUGAAUAUUUAUAUGGAAUAUUAGAGGCAGUUGAAAAGUACAAUGAUAUUGUAAAAAAGGUACAAGAAGAGAGUAAUUAUAUUACAGCACUAGCGUUAUCAAAUAGACAAGAUUUAAUGGAUGGCCUUAUUCAACACAGAAUUGUUGUGUAUGAAAGUUAUCAAGAAGCUCUACAAGAUAAUAAAGAUUUAAUUAUUACAGAUAAUAUAGAGGAAUAUUUUAAAACAGGUGCAUUAUUGUUUGUUGUUAAGAUUUCUACUGUAACAAUACAACACGUAUUUGCUAACAUGAUAUCCAAUUUGUUAAAUGACUUAAAAGUACAUGUAACAAUGGUUGACAUCAAUUCAAAAAUACUUAAAACAACAAGUGUAAAAUUGCGAGGCUCACUGAGAAAAGUCAACAUUUUGAUAGGUUUAAACAAUAGAAACACAAAAAUAUUUGAAGUUAAGGCUUUAAUAAAAAUUAUUGUGAAGAUACCAGGGGCACAUGAUCACAAACAAGUGCUGUGGUCUGCUUUAUGUAGAAAGGAAAUACCUUUAUAUUCAGAACAUUUAAUAACAACUGCUGUUAAUACUAAUAAUGUAUUUAUUAAAGAAUCAGUAGAUAAUAUAGAAGAUUUGAUAUAUAAAAUAGCAAGUGAACAUCAUAAAGAUUUAUUUACAUUUUCUGAUAUAACAAAAGAUGAAGAAGCACUAAAUUGGUCUAUGUACUUGAAACUCCCAGUCAAUUAUAGAGAAUUAUUGAAAAAUCAAGAUUACUGUAGAAAAAAUUUUAGCUUAAGCAGAACAGACUAUCUAAUACAAGAGUAUACAAUGAAAGAAUUUUUAGAUUCAAAGAAUGAUAUAUCUUUUAGAAUUGGUAAUGAAAAAGUUAAAUUAGUUAUAAUCAAUGAUGACCCAUCAUUGCCUGUAUUAAAAGUGACAAGUAGGAAUAUAUGUAUAGCAUUCAACAUAAGGAAUUUCUUUUCUAAAGUAAUUUACAAUAAUUUUGAGGGUCAAGCAAAGAGAGAAUAUGUUACUCAUGCUUUGUACAAUGUUAUAGAGAUCUUAAAAAAGGAAUUAUUUGCAUGUGCUACGGGCGUUUGUCCUUUGGACAAAUUCUAUUUAUUGGCAGAUCAAUUUCAACGAAGUGUGAUUGGUGCUUUUCCAAUAUGAUAGUGAUAUAUAGAAAAUUGAAUCUAUAAAUUUUUUAUAAAAACUAUCAGACUUCCAAGGUGCCAUUAAAUUUAGAGAUUUAAUAUUUAAACUGAUCGUGUCAUUAUCUUUUCCGCAGUAAAUAAUGAAUGGUAGAAACAAUAAUGAAGUCUCCCUUCAAAAGUUUUGAGCAAUUGAUGCAGUGCAUCAAUUGACCAUAAUAUAGCCCCCAAGUAGCUCUGUACUACAUUUUCCAAUAGCAUUUUAUAUUUUUUUUUUAUAAAAUGCACAGUCAUAUUAUUAAUAUUUUUCAACCCACGAUAUUGUUAGAAAACACAAAGUAAAACCCUAUAUCAAACCAUCUGGCAAAUGUAGUAAUAAGCUAUAUCCUUUUCAUUGUAGUAUACUUUUUACCCAACCAUGGUUUGUUAAUGAUUAUUGUUUGUUAUACGAUUUAUUUUAUGUAUUAUAGAUUAUUGCAUGGUAUGAGUGAAAAUUGCAUUAAU